CAGAACCAUGGCCGACGGCAAUGAUGAGCACCGCCUGACGGACGGCGUGUCUGUGGAGGCGGUCAAGACCUUCCUCGCAGACCUGACGAAGGAGUUCCCCGACACUUACACCGAAAUGACCACGGAGGAUGCCUGCAAGCAGCUCGUGGUGCCACGCACACGCCAGGACAACUGCGCCUACGUCGACCUCUUGCGCAAGCAGUCAUCACAUGAACACGUGAACAAGGCCACUGUGUUUGUGUCGCACGCGUGGCGAUACAAGAUCGCAGACGUGCUCAACGUGCUGCUGGAGUUUGCAGAGGAGCAAAGAGCAAGCAAGGAAGACGGCCAGCCCGUGUUCUUCUGGUUUGACCUCUUCAUGAACAACCAAAACGCCAAUGUCACCGCCAACCUCCCACAAGAGUGGUGGAGCACGACGUUCAAGGAGUCGAUUGCCAACAUUGGGCGCGUGCUGUUGGUGUUGAUGCCGUGGCGUGACCCCGUUCCACUGACGCGCGCGUGGUGCCUGUGGGAAAUCUUCUGCGGCAUCAGCAACGAGGGCACAGAGGUCACCAUCCGCCUGCCCAACAGCGAGGAGAAGGCGCUGGAAGAGGCCAUCCGCGGCGACUUUGAGGCAGUGACCGACACGCUGGUGCGCGUGCAGGCAGAGCGGGCAGAGGCCUUCAACCCGCGCGACAAGGACAUGAUCUUCGAGGCCAUCCAGCACGGGGUUGGCUUUGCGGCUCUCAACCAGGCUGUGAAGGACCAGCUGCGCGCGUGGUGCCUGGAGAAGGCGGUAGCUGCGGUGGAGGCCAUGCGAGCACAGGGUGAAGAUGAGACAGAGGCCUUCGCGGGGUUGUGUCUCAACGUUGGGCUGGUGCUGAAGGAGUAUGGCGAGCACGAUGGCGCAAUCACGUGCUUCAAGGCAGCCCUGCCGAUUUUCCUGCGAACCGAAGGGGAGAAGGGAGAGAACGUGGCGGGGUUGUACCACAACCUCGGCAUCGCGUACCACAGCAAGGGCGACUACGACAGGGCCAUUGAGCUGUAUGAGAAGGCCCUCACCGUCUUCGUGGAGACGCUGGGUGAGAAGCACCCGAGUACAGCCACGUCGUACCUCGGCCUUGGCAAUGCAUACGACAGCAAAGGCGAGCACGACAGGGCGAUUGCAUGUUUCGAGAAGGCCCUCGGCAUCCAGGUCGAGACAUUGGGUGAGAAGCACCCGAGCAUAGCGGAUUCGUACCUGGGCCUUGGCAUCGCCUAUCGCAGCAAAGGCGACUUCGACAAGGCCAUCCACUUCUACGAGAAGGCCCUUGCCAUCAAGGUAGAGGCGCUGGGUAAGAAGCACCCGAGUACAGCCACGUCGUGCAACAACCUUGGUGAAGCAUGCUACAGCAAGGGCGACUACGACAGGGCGAUUGCAUGUUACGAGAAGGCCCUCGCCAUCCAGGUCGAGACAUUGGGUGAGAAGCACCCGGCAACAGCGGUAACGCUCGUCAACAUUGGCCGGGUGCACAACCAAACGGGUGGCAACGAGCGGGCCUGCGCUUACAUGCAACAGGCGCUCGCCAUCGAGGUGGAGGCGUUGGGCGAGAAGCACCCAAGCACAGCAAACACUUGCAUCAAUCUCGGCUUUGUCUACGCCAGCAAGGGCGAGUACGACAAGGCCAUCCGCUACUACGAGAAGGCGCUCGCCAUCCGGGUGGAGACGUUGGGCGAGAAGCACCCGACCACAGCCACGUCGUACUUCACUCUCGGCCUGCUGCACGACGAGCGUGGCAACAAGGAGCGGGCCUGCGCUUGCAUCCAACACGCGCUCGACGUUCGCACAGCCAUCCUCGGGCCAGACCACCCCAGCACACGCAAGGCGGAGCGCGAACUGCAGCGCAUUCGCGGCGGUGAUUCCAAGACAAAACAGGACUGGGUACUGUUUGCAGUCUGCUGCCCGUGCAUCCUUGCGGCUGCGCCAUUUUUCUGCAUGUACCACUGCGCAAAGCAGGUGUGUACGAAAUGAGUUGACAAGUUCCUCAGUUCCUUCCUUCCUCCCUCC